GAAUUAAAAAAUGGAUGCUUUUCAACCUCGGAGAAAUAAAUCCAGAUAAAUUUCUUACAAUCAUGGUUACAUUGAAUAUUAUGAUUCUUCGUACAAGCCAAAACCUUAAGAGGUUAGAAUUUGGUGGAAGAGGGCAUGUUCUUAAAGAUCAACUAAGUGAUGCACUUUUUGCAGCAAUCGAAAAAAACAAAACAUUAAACUUUUCUUAUAUAAUUUUUUUAAUUCUUUCAUAUAAUCAAUUUGGAUAUAAUGAUGGAGAGGUGUUAACAAAUGCUCUCAAAAAAUACUUAAGAAAGAUUACACGCAAUAUUAUUGAUGAUAGAGGCGGAAUAGAAUUCUCACAUGUCCUUCAAGUUAAUAAUACUUUGACUUUUUUGGACGUUUCAAGAAGUUGUAUUGACCCCAAAGGGGUAGAGUCAUUGUCAAACGCUUCGAUAACAAACAAUAAUUUAGAACUUUCUCUAAAUCUUAGUAAGGACAGUCUUGAUUCCGAAGAAACAUUAAACCCGUUGAUUAAUGUUCUUAAAAAUCACUCAACAUUAACCGCAUUGAACCUUUCAACAAAUCAGCUACGUUCUAAAGAUAGAAAUUUAAAGUCACUCGAAGAAAAUAAUCCUCAUUUAUGCUCCAAAUGGCAACAUGGUUCAAUCGCAAAAUCAAUGAUAAAAAGAGUCAAAGCUACUGGUGGCAUUAUGGCUCACAAGUAUUUAGAAAAUUACCGUCUUCAGAAUUAUUGUAAUAACAUUCUUGUAAUUUUGAUUCGGUUAUGCGAGAAGACUGAAUUGGGCGAUGCGACAUUUUUUGAGAAUAAAACUGAACAUGAAUUAAAGAUAGCAGAAAUUAUUUCAAAAGAAUACGUAGAUUUAGUGCGACUCAACAUAUCUAAU